UUUUAUAAUUUAUUUUAUAACAGUUUAUGACAAUUAAAUACUAAUAAUAAAACAAAAGUGCGACGUAUUCAUAUCUAAAUACCUAGAAACUAUUAAAGAACAAUUAAUUUUAGUUUUAAUUAUCUUAAUAAACUAUACCAAGUCAUAAUCCUACGAAUAAAAUAUUGUGUUUUACAACAACAAAAAUAUUUGUUUUGGAAUUGUAAUUCUAAUACAGUACCUAGGUAAUGGAAUUUCCCGCAACUCCAUCUAAUGCUUCCGAUAGUAAUGAGUAUCCUGGAUCUGCAGGGACGUAUGAAAAUGCAACUCCACGAGAUAAUAACAAACGUCGCAGUUCUUCCAGAUCUAUAAAACGUAGACGGUUUGACGAUGAGUUAGUUGAAUAUAGAUUGCCUGGGGCAUCUAUAGGUAAAGGCGACAAGAGAAUGCGUACUCAGUCAUAUACAAGUCAGUUGCCUGAGUUCGCUAUGAUAAACAAUACACCUACAAACCCGACCUCUUCUGGGCAGGAGCGUCGUCGAACUUCAAGUAAGAUAUCUAUGGGCGGGAGCACGGGAAAGAAGGCUAGACGUAAAGGGCAAUUAAGUCAAUUAUCUACAAAGGAUUUGGGCCGAUGGAAGCCCACUGAUGACUUGGCUCUUAUAUUAGGAGUUCAACAGACAAAUGAUUUGAGGGUAGUCCACCGUGGGAUCAAAUUCUCAUGCCGUUUCACUAUAGGUGAGCUCCAAUCCCGCUGGUAUGCAUUGCUGUAUAAUGCAGAGAUAUCCAGAGUGGCUGUGGCUGCAAUGCGUAAUUUGCAUCCAGAUCUGGUUGCUGCGGUUCAGCAACAAGCAUUGUAUUCAACUGCAGAGGAAGAACUGUUGGGGACAUUACCAAGUACAUCACAUCCAGAACCCGAAAAGUUCCAGGAGUUACUUGAGCAGAAUCCCCAAGUAUUCUAUCCAUCACGCACUGCAAAGUCUCUAAUGGGCCAUUGGCAGCUGCUGAAACAGUAUCAGUUGCUACCUGACCAGACUGUACAGCCUUUACCUAAAAAUCAAGGUGAUAAAAUUGUGACAUUUUCUGAUGCUGAGGAAACUAUGAAUGAUGCCGAAUUACCAGACUUCAAAGAGGAUGGCGUUGAUGUUGAAAUGCAACUGGCUGAUAGGAUAGAAAAAAAAGAUAUACGGUUAUUGGAGAAUUCUUUAUCGCGGUGGCAAGUACUGGUGCAGUCGGUGGCUGGUGGCAGCGCAGAACUAGACAAGAACACGCUCGCAGUCCUACGUGGUCGGCUAGUGCGAUACCUCAUGAGGUCUAGAGAGAUCGCUGUGGGUCGCAAUACACGGGAUCACACGAUCGACGUGAACUUGAGCCUGGAGGGACCCGCUGCUAAGGUGUCAAGGAAGCAAGCGACGAUCCGCUUACGUAACAGCGGCGACUUCUUUAUGUCAUCAGAAGGAAAAAGGCCAAUAUUUGUGGACGGUCGGCCUGUGCUUCAGGGGAACAAAGUGAAGCUGAACCACGACAGUGUUAUCGAGAUCGCUGGACUCCGUUUCGUUUUCCUCAUAAACCAAGAACUUAUCAACGCAAUUCGCCAAGAAGCUGUUAAAGUUAAUAUUCCUGUAUAAAAAUAAAACAAUAAAUGUUCAAU